AGUAUUUGAUGGAUCUAGCCAAACAGUGGCAAAGGGAAGUGCCCCUUCAUUAACAGGAAUGUGCCACUGUUUAUGCAUUGGAAAGGGGAGUGCCAUGAGAUCUACUGAAGAGACUAUUUCUGUGGUUGCAUAUCUACAUGUGUUUGUACCCCUGCUGGGACUGAAUUAGGUGGUACGGGCAACCUGGACCAUCAGGUAUUGGAUAGCAACUUUUUUUUUCAUUCAAGGUGUACCUGGCACGAGAGCUGAAAGACACCGCAGAUCUUUUUCAGAGACACAAACAGUGAGACCAUCUCCGACCUUUCCCUUCUGUAACUGCCUGCUAUACCAUGGGAUGUCGGCAAAGCUCUGAGGAGAAAGAGGCAGCGCGGCGGUCCCGUAGGAUUGACCGCCACCUGCGCUCUGAAAGUCAGCGACAACGAAGAGAGAUUAAGCUCCUUCUCCUGGGUACCAGCAAUUCUGGGAAGAGUACUAUUGUAAAGCAGAUGAAAAUCAUUCACAGCGGUGGCUUUAACUUGGAGGCCUGUAAGGAAUACAAACCUCUGAUUAUCUAUAAUGCAAUUGACUCCCUCACACGUAUCAUUCGGGCUCUAGCCACCCUUAAGAUAGAAUUUCACAAUCCUGACAGAGCAUAUGAUGCUGUGCAGCUUUUUGCCCUGACAGGCCCAGCUGAGAGCAAAGGCGAGAUUACCCCUGAGCUUCUGGGAGUCAUGAAACGGCUCUGGGCAGACCCCGGUGUGCAGGAGUGUUUUUGCCGCUCCAAUGAGUACCACCUGGAGGAUAAUGCUGCAUACUACUUAAACGACCUAGAAAGGAUUGCAGCACUGGACUACAUCCCUACGGUGGAAGAUAUUCUGCGGUCUCGGGACAUGACCACAGGGAUUGUAGAAAAUAAGUUUACCUUCAAAGAGCUGACUUUCAAAAUGGUGGAUGUGGGUGGACAGAGAUCUGAACGCAAAAAAUGGAUCCACUGUUUCGAGGGGGUUACAGCAAUAAUUUUCUGUGUGGAGCUGAGUGGAUAUGACUUGAAGCUGUAUGAAGAUAACCAAACAAGUCGAAUGGCAGAAAGUUUGCGUCUCUUUGAUUCCAUCUGCAACAACAAUUGGUUUAUCAACACUUCCCUCAUCCUUUUUUUGAAUAAGAAAGAUCUGCUGGCAGAAAAAAUUCGACGCAUUCCCUUAACAGUCUGCUUUCCUGAAUACAAAGGCCAAAACACUUACGAGGAGGCAGCAGUCUACAUCCAACGCCAGUUUGAGGACUUGAAUCGCAACAAGGAGACCAAGGAGAUCUACUCACACUUCACCUGCGCCACUGAUACCAGUAACAUACAAUUUGUCUUUGAUGCAGUGACAGAUGUCAUAAUUCAGAACAAUCUCAAAUAUAUUGGCCUCUGCUAAGAAUCCUUGGGCUUAAUCUGUUUUCCUGAAGUGAUAAAAAAGGGGCUAACCACUUCCACAUCUAGUGGAAAAAAAUUGGGCAGUGCUUGGUAGCCCAAGGAGAGAAAAGGGGAAAUCUGAUGUAUGUACACAGUUCCUCUUAUGCCCCCUUAACUUGCUACAUCAUUUUUAAAAAAUGUAUGUUCUGGAGAGUGAAAGCCUCCUCUCCAAAAAAAAACCCCAUCCUCCCCAGCCAACCCCCCCCCCCACCCCCUAACUCUGUGGAGAUGUUUUCACCACAGUCAUUGCACUUUUAUUCCAUUUGUUUCAUUCCAUUUCCUACAGUGGGAGUGUUAUCAUGUUCUGUGUAAGAAAUAAUUCUUCAUCCAGUUGUCCUAAAAUUUUACUGACAUGAAGAUAUAAAGCUGGUGAGUGACAGAUGAACUUGAUUGCAGGGUGUGGAGCAGAAUGGUUGUGUUGGGCAGAAAAGCUAGUUCAAACCAGAAGCUACAGAAUAGGAGAGUUUAAGCAAAACACUACUUAAAUUUCUAGAGAAUGGGCAUGUACCCACAAUUUUGGUACACACAGCUGAACGGUAUAUACACAUACAUCAUGUAUGCACAUGACUCACAGCAUAUACUAUGUACACACUUCUGCUUUACUGCACUGUUUAUCAUGGACACCUUGCCUGUUAAAGGAAUUGUUGGUGCACAACUGUUCUGUGAUUUCCAAACUCACUAGCAGCUCUUUCUGCUCUUUAAGGCUUCAAAUAUGCAGCAAAACUACAUGAAAUCAAUCUAUGAAUAGGCCAAAAUAAGGUCAGUGUUUCUUCUACUGGUAAGGAGUUUUAUACAUCGAAACAGUCUUCUUUUACAUCUUUUUUUGCCAAAUCUUGUGGUGUUUCACAAAAAACAAACUAUAUUUAAGAAGUAGGUUAGUGUUCCUUUUUUAAUACAGAUUAAAUAAUAAAUCACAAGACAAUUUUUUAAAUUAUUGUUGUAGUGUCUGGAUUGCUGAAUGUGAAAGUUGCCAAUGGACAAUUCUGUUCCACUGCUCCAAAUACAUUCUGGGAAUUGUAAUGUUGUAACAGAUUUCCCAAGAAGCAGGAGCCAUGGAGAUUGUGUAGUAUAUAGCCUCCAAAGUCUUAUUUGUUGUUUUUUUUUAAUUAUUUUAAAAAUGUGAUGUAUUAAUAGAAGGUUAAAGAUGAGCGAUAUGAACAAUAACUAAAUGUCUUGAUAUUUCAAUUUAAGAAUUUAAAUUAUUUACAGCUUAGUGGAGUUAAGAAAACUGAAGAGAUGCAUUCCUCAGCUCCAGGUUUCAUCUCAUAAAGAAACACUACUGGAUAGAGUAACAUUCCGGCAAAAGUUUGAAUGCAUAAGAAGCUCUGUGGGACUAUACUGGAAAAUCUCAAAUGGAUCAUAUAGACCUAAGCCUUUGGUCAGUUGAUUCUUUCCCCUGCCAUAGAAAAGACUUCUUAAAGACUUCAGUGUAAAGUUGGUGUGUAAAUAUAUGUUUGAUAAUUGUAAAGCACAUACAUACACAGAGACAUAGACACACGUGCACACUGGAAAAUAACCUUCUACUUUUGUUCCCCCUAUGUACUAUGAUUAGUGCAAGAAAUCUCAGCCAAGGGCUCUAAUAAAUUUAAAAGAAAAUGGUUAAUAAUAUGAACAUUUAAAUUGUCCACUUAAAAAAUAAAUAAUUCAAAUGAUA